GGCCAAUGUGCAAGCAUGUGUACAGUAGAAACGGAUCGGAUUACAGUAGUGUACACUACUGAUCCGUGGAGACGUCCGAUCCGAGCAAAACUCGCCUCACCUAGCUCGUGUGAGUCCAACAGUGGCUAAUGGAUCAUUCCGCUGCUUUUGCAGGGGUCCACCGCCAUGGCGUUGUUAGCGACGUGGCAAGGAGCAGCUACGCCUAUUGGUUUCCCUCUUGGUCCCGCUGGUGCGCUGUCUAGCAGCAAUUUGCCUUCUAGACGCAUCCGCCUUUCUCUGAGAUUUUCAAUGACGCGCUGCUCGACAGCGCAUCGGCUUCUCACGAGUCGCGAGUCACGACUCACGAGGUACUAGCAGCAACGCUCAUCGCGUGAUUUUCACUGACGCGCAGAUUCUAGGCGGACCACUCAAAUCGGAGGGGACUGCUCCCUCCCACGCACGCAUGGUCUCGCAACUUUCCCACGACCCUUCCGAAGGGUCUGCGUGCGUGUGCCGAUUUCAAGAGUGCAUGGAUAGAGCCUCACGGCUCGCCACGGCACGCCCCAUCCCCAGGCAACACGUGCAGUUCACCAAGUUUGGCACAUGAUUGCUCGAUACGGCACAUAUUACAGUACAUCGGACGGUGAUAAUAGGCUUACUCACCCGCGCCACUUCCCCCGUCACACAGAUGACGACCUGUGCCGGACCACCUACUACUGACCGUGACGGUAAUAGCUUUCGCUGAGACCUGACAGACAGACCUGACAGAAUCCGUCCAGUGACGAUCUUUGGUGGGGCCUCAUGCCUCGAGAGACAUGCACUCUAAAGCGGGCUUGGACUCAACUCGAAUCCAUUUAGACUCUCGCGCUUCCUAGUACUCGUAGCAGCUCAAGUUCAGAUUCCACUCUUCGACGAGACGUAGCGCUCGUAUUCCACCACCCUCUUCGUCAACGUUAGCGUUACGUUCGCCCUUAACGUUCGUCCUGAGGCGUCACGAGUCGUGAGGCAUCCCGCAGCCAUGGGAAGCACGUGUCUUUUCGUACGCGCGUCGUCAGAAAGCAUGCGACUGUUUUUGGCGCUGCGUCCGUAAAGUAGCGAGGCGUGCGAUGAGGCUUCUCUCAGGAUAGUACCAGUAGUUUCGUCAUAUCUUCCGUCAUCUUUUCCGUCACCGUCAUCUUCUUCGUCGUCUGUUCAGUCAUCCCGCCAUGUCGCAGCUGUUCCGAACGAAACUUUUCGCCUUCGCGCGUUCGCACGGCUCUAGGAAGCCGGACCGCGCUCGCCCCCCGCGACUGGCAGCAGCAUCGUCGAUCCUUCCCCACCCUCCUUUUCCAGUCAGCAGUGACGCAGACGUAAACGUAAACGUUAACGGAAACGGAAGCGCAGUCGCAUCUCGAGGGCUGGUGACGUCGUCCGACGAUUCCGAGGGGCGUUCUGCCGACCGAUUCAAAGAUAAAACGCCGCCUGAAACCAUCAUUGCUCAACAUCUCGCCCCGUCGAGUCGUCUUGCUUUUUUCUGCCGAAAAUGUCCCGCACUCGGCGGGGGACGCAGCGGCAGGCAUGCAAGCGGCGGGCGCGGAGGCGCGGUACUACCCGCUAGCAACACAUCCGCUACUAGCAGCAGCGUUAAGAGCAGCAGCUCCUAUGAUUGUGGUCAUCGUCCUUCGCGUCUACAUGGCCUGAGAGUUGGGGAUGCCGAGCAUGCACCUGUUUUUGCUGCUUCUGCAGCGUCAGUUUCUGUUGAGUUUCAGGUGGCAUGUGCCAAGGAAGAGCAUGCGCUUUUGAGCAUUUCACCAGCAACAGACCCUCUUCCCGUGGCGGCCUUUCUGGGGACGAAAAAUGAGGGCUGGGAGUGUUUUUCUGGAGCAAGUAUCCCCUUUUUCCGGCCUGACCACAGUGGUGGUUGUGGCCGGACUUUUGAAGCGGCUGAAAGUGGACCGUUGGAUCUCAGGAGGGAGAUGCAGAGGCUGCAUUCGGCCCCUUGCACACAUGCCACGUGGCAGGAACUGGAGCUGGCCCCUGAGGAACGUUCAGAAGUUUUUCCAUCUUUUGGGGAUGAGGGGGUAGCAGGGGAGAUACCAAGUGGUGACCUUGGUAGGUUCAGCGAGGGUGAGAGGACUUGUCACGAACCAUGGCAUGGUGCAUACAAUGAUUUGGCUCAGAGGGAUCUGGCCUUGAGGAGCAUGAGAAAUGGGUCGUUUGAGAUGGAGGUUGUGCCUGAUUGGCUGGGGAUGCAGGGGUGCUUGGUGGGAAGGAUUGAGGAGGUUGCUAGGCCGCUGAGAAGGUUCAGCUGUGACUGGGAUGUGCAGCAGACUGGAAGACAGCUGAGGAAAACCCGCAGCGAGCCGAUUUGAAGGGAGUAUGGUGGGCCGGGGAGGGUUGAGGAGGCUGCUAUGCCGCCGAGAAGGUUCCGCUGUGACUGGGAUGUGCAGGUUGGAAAGCUGAGGAAAACCUGUUGUGAGCCUAUUUGAAGGGAGCUGACCAAGGGGGAUCAUGUUGAUUGAUUGUGAGUUUGAAUUGUAACUAAUUGUUAUCCAAUAUGUUGUAUAAUGUUCGCACAUGUUCUUAUAUCGAAAGCGCGUUUGGUAAGAAGUGUAUUUCAUGAAAAUGUCA